AUGAAUUUAAGCUCACAGGCUGUUGAUUAUUUGGCUAAACGGUUUUGUACCAUUCUGAUUGUCAAUUUGGGUUUGGAUUAUAUCCGAAACACAAUUCAAUCUUCCAUGGACAAGCGCUUGACUAUGUGGGAGAAUUAUUGUUUCCUACGUUUGUCUGUGGUUCCAGAAGGAUUUUCACUGCCAAAAGAUGAUGAGGAAUCUGGUAGUGAUGUAAUGGAUGUGGAUGCUGUUAGUAACCCUGAUCUUGAUGCACACUUGGAUUCCUUGAGAACAAAACUUACUUUGGCUGAACAGGAGUCUGUUCAAUUGAAGAGAGAGAUACAAGCAUUGGAAAGACAAUCUGCUAUUAACAACCAUCAAGCAGCUUUAAUUAGUGAAUUAACAAAGCUAUCUGAGAAUGAUGCAUUCCAAUGUCCUUGCUUCUUCUGUAAAUUGUCCCAGCUACAAAAACUUGCAAUAGAAUUACGCAUGAAAGUGGAGAAGCUAAAGACAGAAAAGGAAGAUGAAAGUGAACAUCAGAAAGUGCGUUUAUGGAAUGAGGAUUUGUUAAGGAUAAUUGGUGGAAAUGGCCUCUCGAAUGCAGACUCACAAGAAAUUGAAGGUUUUCUUCCAGGUAAAAUGGCGAAUAUUGCUUUAGAGGCUGAAGUAGAAGAUGUGAAUUCUGAUCUAAAAGUUCUUAAUGGAAACAAACUGAAACUAACCAUUCAUCACUCCAAUUCAAGUUCCAUUGUUUAUUGUUAA